GGUGAUAAUGACGGUUGUAGUGAUGGUGGUGAUGUUGUUGGUGAUGGUGGUGGUGAUGUUGGUGGUGAUGAUGGUGAUGGCGGUAAUAGUGAUUAUGUUGAUGGUGGUGUUGAUGAUGGUGGUUAUGUAUCAUCGUGUCUGUGUGUUUGUCUAUCUGUAAAUGUAUUAUUGGGCGGAGAUGCGCCAUCUCCAUGCAGGUGGUAGUACCGGCCACAUGCCAAUAGGGGGAAGAAGAGGGGCUGUGCCCCAGUGUGAAGGGACUAUGGCCCACAGGGCCCAACGGUAACCCCUAUGGAACGGCAUGACCAGAGGUACAGACCCCAGAACCCAGGAGGGGCCUGGGGGAUGACAUCACUCCCAAGUCCUGCUAGAAGGUUCAAAAAGGAAGGUGUGGCCAGGGCGGGGCAAGCUACAGCCCUGUAUAAAAUCCGGACCUCUGAACGGUCCCAGCUGUCGUCGCUCACCCAAAGAUCAGAGAGCCUCCUGGAGAGAAGAGCCCCAUUGGGCAGAGCCGUACCCCUGGCUAGGGUUGGCUCCAGCUUAUUCCAGUGAAGACCCAAGCUUCGCUUAAGAAGAAAUGGCGUCACUGACGGUGAUGGUGAUGAUGGUGGCGGUAACGGUGAUGGUGGCUGAGGCUCAAUUUACUCCAGAUGCUCCACUUACUACAUUUGAUCCACUAACUACAAAUGCUCCACUUACUACACUUGCUCCAGUUACUACAAAUGCUCCAGUUACUACCAAUGCUCCGGUUACUGCAGAUACUUUAGCCAUCAUCGUCUACAAGUUUAAUCUCCCCCGACCUCCUGGAGCCAGCUUCUCAGAUGCGUGUGAACCCUACCCAACGGAUACCACAUACUCUCCACCUAUAGUGACGACGGUCGCCCGACCUACAACCUCCGCGCCGAGCUCUGCUCUGGGAAUCGGCGUGGGAGUCGGAGUGGGAGCCGGGGUUCUACUCAUCCUCGUCAUCACGCUCAGCGUCUGCUACUGCAAGCGACGCAAUGAGCCCCAUGCCCUACAGAAGCCUCAAAACACCUCUGCUACAGAGGAUCCCUCAAGAUACAUCCCGAAUCCAGCGACCCGUGGCCAACUGCCGGUGCCUGAUGAACUGCCUGGUAUUAAGUUUCAGCGGGAGGCGAUGAAGGAUAAUGAAGAUGAAAUCUACGAAGAGCUGGACGAUGAGGGCAGAGCCCAGAAGAAGGAGCCUCACUACCUCAACUUCAAGGCUCCGGUUCAGCACUCGACGUCGCCCUACGAAUGCCCAGACUCGCAGUUGGACAGCGCCACCACCAAGCCAGGGGUGGACAGCCCAUACGUGGAUCUUACCAUUCAAUGAGCUGAGGAGUGAGGAGGAGGAGUGAGGAGGAGGCGUGAGGAGGAGCAGGGAGGAUAAGGAGUGGGAAGGGAGGAGGAGACCCACAGACUCACCACACAGGGACCCACAGACUCACCACACAGUGACCCACAGAGACCCACAGAUUCACACAAAGACACACAGACUCAUCACACAGAGACCCGCAAUCUCACACAGACUUCCAGAAAGACCCACAGACACCCACACUCACACAGAGAACAAUAGACUCGUCACACAGAGACGCAUAUAAUCAGAAAUAGACACACAGACACCCACAGACUCACACAGAACCGACUGAUUUUGGUUAACUGCCAGCAGAUGUUCAUAGGCAACGGUUGGUUUUCGCGACAUGCACUGUCUAGAUGUGCGUUCCUGUUCCAGCCUGCGCUAUGCAGUCACUCACUGGCGUCGCGUGGAAUCUUACGUAUCAGGUCUUGGGGUUUAAAUCUGAUGUGUAACUUUGAGCUUUGUCCCCCCCCCGCACAACCCUGGGCUCGAGGGUCAAGAGGAGGAAGGAUAGAAGGAGGAGGACCGGGAGGGGGAGGAGGAGGCUUACAAGGGGAAUAUAUAUACGCGUAUUUACUCGCUCAUCGAAUCGCUCACUUAGUAACUCACCCACCCACUCACCCACCCAGCUAUCCUAUCACCCACGCACCUACCCACACACCCACUCACUCAACUACUCACCCACCAUAUUCCCCACUCGUUCACUCAACCACUCACCCACCAUCUUACCAACACACUCAACCACUCAGUUUCAGUUUCAUUUAUUAGGUAUAUCUCUGUGAGCCAUGCGGCUCUUGACUCAGGUACAACCGCAACAAAAAAAACGUGAACAAUAAACAUCUUAAAGUGACUACACGAAACAGAAAAAUCCAGGAAAAAACAGCAAAGUCUUACUUGUGGCAUAACAUGAAACAUGAUCACUCACCUACUCACCUACCUAUCCACUCACCCACCCACCGACUCCCUCACUAAACUAAAACUAAACUUAUUAUUUUACAAGGUAAGGCUGACUGAUAUAUAUAUAUAUACCUCAACAAAGUGGCUUAUCACGUGGCAAUGUAUAGUAGCCAAAUACUCUUAAUUCAUGUUGAUUCUAAAUAUGGAGGGACAAAAUUGGAGCCAGAGAAAAAUCCAUGCAACCGCGGCAAGAGAUACUAAAACUCAAAAUAUAUAGAAGGCGUCAGGGUUGGAAUCGAAUCCACAACCUCCUGCAUACCAGGCGAUGUAGUUAACAUAUGUUGGUCACCGUGGCGACCCCACAUACUUUCCCCCUCAUUCAAAGCAAAAGUGUAGAGAAGGCAAAGUUUCAGGCAAUGGCCCUUCUUCAUAGCACACACGUAGAGAGGUGAGCAGUAACAGUGGGCCUAAUGAAAACCAGUGAUUACAUAAUGAAUGAAUGCACUCACUUUCUGUUUAUCCUCAAUUAAUGCACUAAUUUCCUAUCAGUUAAUCCUCAAUCUAUACACCCACUUCCUGCCUCUCAAUGUUCAAUGUAUACACCCACUUCCUGCGUCUCAAUGUUCAAUGUAUACACCCACUUCCUAUCUCUCAAUCCUCAAUUCAUACACCCACUUCCUGUCUGUUGAUCUUCAAUUCAUAUACUCACUUCCUGUCUAUAAAUCCUCAAUGUAUUCACACACUUAUUUUCUCUCAAUCCUCGUGAAUGCAUUUGGGAAUUGGCACAGCAUCACCUGCGUGCCCUGAAGAAAACCCUGCCUGUCAGGAGCUGCUAGUGAUGGUGGUGAUGAUGAUGAAUAUCGUGGAGGCUUCUCGACUAUUAUUUAUACAGCGGUAGUGGAGCCAUUAGCUCGCUGCGCUACAAAUUUGGCGGCCCGUGUCCGAUUCCCUCUGACGGCCAACACCAGUGACGAUUAUAUGAACAGGUCCUGGACCUCCCCUAGGUCGGUUUAACCUAAAAUGAUUACAUGGUGUGGUGUGUAAACAUUGCCACUUGGGAGACAAAGGCGACCGGGCGUGGUGCUGGCCACCAGCAUAGGUGCUCUCUAAUAGCACUUUCCCCAACAGCCUGUUAAUGUUUUACAGGGGAUCUUUGUCUUUGGUGAUGGUUGUGGUGAUAGUGGUGAUGAAUAUCAUGAGGCUUCUCGACUGUAAAUUAAACAUAUUACUGGUGAUGGUGA